AUGGCGACCGUCCCUGGCCGCGAGCUGUCGGCGCGUUGCGACGAUCAGGAUCAGGAUCAGGAUCAGGAGCAGGAGCAGGAGCAGGAGCAGGAGCAGGAUCAGGAGCAGGAUCAGGAUCAGGAUCAGGAGCAGGAGCAGGAGCAGGAUCAAAAUCAGGCGGUCUUUGACCCAGGCAGCUCCGAGGCGUAUGCCUUGCGGAGAGGGGCGGAUCCGGAUGAAGCCAAGCAAUUCCUGGAACUGAUCGAUUUGCUGCCUGAUCCGAUUGAAUGGAAGCUCAUCUGCUUGGACUGCGACGGCGUCUUGGCUGGCCACCAUGCCCGUCAUUUGCAGAGCCAGCACUCGAUCAGCGCGACUGACGAAGAUAUCUCACGUGCUCUGGAGCUCGUCCGAAGCGUCGCGCCCCCGGAUCAAACCGCCCAGGAUGCGGCGACGUGUCGCCCGCCCUUCGCAGGGAUAUCGGUGAUGCAGGGCUACCGUUGUCCAUGCUGCACCGCCUGUUUCAUUUCCAUCGACGACUGGGCCCAACAUGCUCGAAACUUGCAUCAAGCUGAGCCCGACGCCCAGCAGCAGCCGCGCUGCGUGUCUAUGCAAAGGAUCUGGGAAGACGAUCAGAGCUCAAGCUUUAUCGAAGUACAGGGUCCCAAACCACCCACCGGUCCUUUUCCGCCGCUCCACCCGACCUACGAGCGGCUGGGCAUGGGCCGAUUGCUGCAGCUCUUUGACCGCGAAUCAAUGCGAUUUUUUGGUUUUGGCGAACGGGAGGAGACCUUGCACGAGGCCAUGCGCGAACUCGUGCACAGCACAUAUGAAAAACUGCCACUCUUGGGGAUGGCGCGUGGGGUGCUCAGUCAACUUGUUGCCGAGUCGGGCAAGGUACUAAGACUUUACUUUCCGGCAAAACUUUCGCCGUGCAGCUUUGAGUGGCACCUGGAGAUUGCCACCCGCUACGUGCUUUAUCUGCUAGAGGUCUGGGCCUAUCCCACCGAAUCACCCAACAACCUGAGCCCGGCCUUGACCAAAGCCUUGGGUGACCUUGCGAAUGCCUACAGAUACGGCGAGGGUAGCACUCAUGCUGCCAUGAGCCAAGUGUGGUGUGCCAUCUUGGACGACCACACCGUGCCGCCGAUCAAGACCGACAAUUACUGCCCCAGCAUCUUCACGCUGUGUGCCGCUAUCCGCAGUGACUACACGUUCAAGCACCCAAGCACCUGGAGGCCGACGCUCGCCGGUCUAUUGUGGGUAUGCCGCCUCUUCUUGCUGCGGCGACGCGGAAUGAGUCCGUACAGUCCAGGUGCACUGACGCAGGACGAAGACGUGCAACAGCGCCUGACGGAGGGGUACAUUUGCUAUUUUUUGGCUGACCGCCUGGUGAAUACACAUCCCGACCCAGCCGAUCAGGGGCAGCCCGGCGGUGAGAGCGUGGUGUUUGAAGCCCCGACCCCGUCAGGCAACGAGCAUCACAGCCUGAGUGUGGGUCCUAUCCACCUGAGCCUGGACCAGCUGGGCCAAGGUCUGCGCCGCAUGCGUGCCGAGAUGCACAGAAUCUUGACCGAGGAGCUACUCCUUGACAGCAAGCUUGAGGAGCAGGUUUACGCAGUUUUGCCGACUUUACGGGACAGGGCGAGCCUGGGCCCGGUCAACUUUGAGUGGGCCGGACUGCAUGCAGAAGAUGCCGACGGCAACGAGUUUACCUCGACGCUUUUUCGCCACAUCCUUUUCACCCCGCACCUGAGGUCCCAAUUUCUUUCGCCUAGCGCCCCAGACAGACUGAUGGUCGCGCCGAUUUGGGACUGGCUGUGCGCGCAGCACAAUUUUGCCUGUCUGGCGCUUGCCUAUGCUCAUCUUUCAUGCGGUAGGUCCCAAGCUUGUUCUACAAUGCACCGCCUGCCUGAGGCAACCGGCCACCGGCUCACUGCGGCGCGGUGUCUAGGGCUGCCUCCGCGUGCAAUUAGUUAUGCUGAUUUAUUCUACCGAGACUCAACGUUCAGGUCUCGCAACGUCCUUUACUUUGAUGGCUUGGUGACUUUUACGGCGCCGCGCAAUGUCACCAUCAUGGGCGACCAGGACGCUGCUCGUGCCACGUACUACCUGGAUGAGGAAGCCAGCAGCAUCAUAAUGACGUACCUAUUGCUAUGCAAGCCCCUCGAAGCGUACUUUGUCGAUUACGUUCGUGACGAACAGGGCAACGGUGUGGCUCCGCAGGUCGCACCUCUGUCAGAGGAAGACCAGGAUGACUACGAGGCAGAUCUUUUGGCAAUGGUCGAAAACGAGGAGGAUUUGUAUGCCUCGUCGUUUGGCCACAUUCAACCGACUUUUGCGGCCCAUCUGCCGGCUCCAGAGGACAGCGCCGAGCUGUUGUUUAAUCUGGCAUUGACAAGUGGAAAAGAAGUGACCCCAGAGCAGAUUUAUGACGCCGUAGCGACCAACACGAAGCAUUUCCUGGGCACAUCCAUCACCGUGAGCACAUGGCGUCAAAUGAGCGCGGCUUGGUUGCAUGCACUGGUCUUGGACCGGCUGUCUGAUUGGGAGGAUGCACUCGGCACCCGCUCACAGCCCUCAGCACCUCAAACAAAGCCAUCAACAGAUCGUCUCAUUGCCAUGGCUUGGCAUCGACUUCUUGGUCUAUACAAGGCUGACAAGGCCACCUCCACUUAG